UGAAAGCAAGUCUCGCGAUUUUAUUUUUAUUUAUUUAUUUAUUUAUUUAUUUUUGCUUAGCGACUGACAACAGGCAGGUUGCUCCAAGUAGGAGCCCUAAAGUGGCCUGGGCUGAGAUUGGAGUGAGACCUCAGCCCUCGGCUGGGGUACUUUCCAUAUAGAGGAGACGGAUUCAGAAGGGCUACAGACCAAGAUUGUAGAAAACCAGACAUAUGAUGAGCGUCUAGAGAUUAACGACUCGGAAGAGGUUGCAAGUAUUUAUACUUCAACCUCGAGACACAAAGGGAAGGGGGGAGAAAAUACAGCCACCUAGAUUGCAGGCUCUUCCUUCAACUUGACCAGUGUUCCCCAUCGCCAUUUACUUCAUGAUAUGGCUCUGUCCACAAUCUGCCAGGGGACUUCCUCGUUCCAUGCAUCCUCCUGACAAGACUAUGGCAGAUAAAAGCAGUGAGGAGUAUGAAGAGGAAAAUAACAAGGAGAAGAAGAAGACCUCACGGCUGACACCUCAGCGGGGCUUCAGCGAAAUCGACGACGAUGACGAUGACAACGACUCCUCGGAAACUGAUUCUGACGACGACGAUGACGACGAUGAGGAGCACGGGGCCCCCCUCGAGGGGGCCUAUGAUCCUGCGGAUUAUGAGCAUUUGCCAGUUUCUGCUGAGAUUAAGGAACUCUUCCAGUACAUCAAUCGGUACACACCUCAGCUGAUUGACCUAGACCACAAACUGAAACCUUUCAUUCCUGAAUUUAUCCCAGCUGUUGGGGAUAUUGAUGCAUUCUUAAAGGUUCCACGUCCUGAUGGAAAGCCUGACAACCUUGGCUUAUUGGUAUUGGACGAGCCUUCUACGAAGCAGUCAGACCCUACAGUGCUCUCACUUUGGUUAACAGAGAAUUCCAAACAGCACAACAUCACACAACAUAUGAAAGUAAAGAGCCUGGAAGACGCAGAAAAGAAUCCCAAGGCUAUUGACACAUGGAUUGAGAGCAUCUCUGAGUUACACCGUUCCAAGCCCCCUGCGACUGUGCACUACACCAGGCCUAUGCCGGAUAUUGACACGUUGAUGCAAGAAUGGUCUCCAGAGUUUGAAGAACUUUUGGGAAAGGUGAGCCUGCCCACAGCAGAGAUCGACUGCAGCCUGGCAGAGUACAUUGACAUGAUCUGUGCCAUCCUAGACAUCCCUGUCUACAAGAGUCGGAUUCAGUCCCUCCAUCUGCUCUUUUCCCUCUACUCGGAAUUCAAGAACUCACAGCAUUUUAAAGCUCUAGCUGAAGGCAAGAAAGCAUUCACCCCUCCAUCCAACUCCACCUCCCAAGCUGGAGAUGCAGAGACAUUAACCUUCAGCUGAGACACCUCCCAUGUCGCUCUGUUUCAAGGCUGAGCUGUUUACUCUACGCCAUCUUAGAAGGAGAAUCGUUGUCAGCCACCUGGCAUCCUGUCCCCCCUCACAGCUUGACUUGGUAACAGUGCAUGUCCUACCCCUUUCUCUGCCAGAAAGCACUGCACAUGGUUGUUAGACGCCUGAUGCCCGUCUCGGAUUCCCUUCCCAAGGGAAUCAUGCAUCCACGCUGCUGUGAGGAUUUGAGUUAGAAGAACUGGAAUUUCUGGGCUCCGAGGAUGCUCAGGUUGGGGGGAAGGGUUAAAGAUGUUCUUCUGGAGAUAGCAAUAGAAUUAUUUCUUUCAGUCUUAAAGUUAGUUGACAAAUAUGAUACAUAUAAAAUGCUCUUAUCUUUCAGGUUA